AUGUUCUCUAGAUUACUGAAAAGGAUAACGACUCAAAGGUUUCAACACACUGCGACCAAACAAGCUUCUUCUGUACCUUUCAACAACAAAUUCAACUUCAACUUAAAUCCACCACCAGUACAUGAAUAUUGGAAUGCUUACAACUCGAGUGUCCUUUUUGCAUUUGUGCCGGUGUUUUUGGGUAUUGCGUAUGCCGCUAAGUACAUUGGUGUCAACUUAGAAGGAAAUGCAGGUUUGUUGGAAUUUGCCAAUGCCGAGAAUUCCCCAAUAAAGUCCAUAAAAUUUGGUGAACCACAGCUAGCAAAAGUAUCGGAAGAUUAA